AUGGCCCCUGCCCUCUUGACCAGAAAACCGAGGAUUCUGUAUCUGGACGCAUAUGACUCCUUUUCGAACAAUAUUGUCGCUCAAGUCACGGAAUGUCUAGACGCCGAGGUCACGCAGAUUCGCAUCGAUGAUAUCUUCUCUAAAUGUCUCCGCAGGUUUGAUGCCGUGAUAGCUGGACCUGGUCCCGGGUGGGCGACUGAAGAAAAGGAUGUCGGGCUAAUGAAAGAGCUGUGGGAACUCCAGGAUGAGGAUUUACUUCCGGUUCUUGGGAUAUGUCUUGGUUUCCAGUCGAUGACUUUGGCGUUCGGUGCGAAGAUGAAGAAGCUCAAGGAGCCGCAGCACGGUCUGAUCCACGACAUAUUGCACAAGGAAAGCUCCAUAUUCAGGGGACUCGACCAAUUGCUUGCCACGCAGUACCACUCUCUUCACGUGGACAUCGGACACAACAUCCAGGCGAAUGGCGCUGUGUCGUACCCCGGGGAACUCUGGGCCACCACAGAGCAAUGUCCGUUCCUCGAACCGUUAGCUUGGGACUUUGAUAAUGCGAGGAACGGGGCGGUUCUGAUGGCAGCAAAACAUACUGAAAAGCCUUUUUGGGGCGUUCAGUUUCACCCAGAGUCCAUAUGCACCAACGAAGAGGGCUCGCACUUGAUCAAAAACUGGUGGAGUAGUGCAGAAUCGUGGUGCUACCCAGAACACUCUCUCAUGUGGGAUACGAUUGCCACUGCCUUCGGUGGUCGGCUUAAAGCCGAAAUCAAGGACGGGAAAACUUUACCCAGAGCAUUACGGGACCGCAUUGGUGGCCGCGUGCCGGAGGUAUCUAAUGCCAGAGACUUCGCGGGAUUGAUCGGUCUCGACAUGGAGCUGCGCGCAAAUUACUUCCCGCCGCCAUAUCUGCAAUGGCUAACCACUGGAAGUGGGCGUCUUACGGUCGCGGACGUCUGCGAAGCUUUCGAUAUCCCACGGGGUGAGGCGAUAGUACUAGAGUCUGGUCUUCAACCAAAUUUCCAACCCUUUAAGGUGGGGACAGGCAGAUACAGCAUCAUUGGACUGGUUCCGGAGAAAGAAACGAUCCGUAUACUGUAUACAUGCGCGGAUCGAACUUCACAAUCAGGCUGCAGAGAAGGGACACUCGAGCUCCAGGAUGGGCAAGGCAACGUGCUCAUCAAGGCUAUGACUUCCACUCCCUGGGAAUAUAUCAAAGCCUUCAUGAGACUUGCCACGCCAAUCCGCACCCCUAUCAAAGCAAACCCUGCGCCAUUCUGGGGCGGGCUCAUGGGUUAUGCGACAUAUGAGUCUGGCCUGGAAACGAUUGAUGUCGACUUCGUUGGGAAAUCGUCAUAUCCCGACAUUUGCUUCGCGUACGUUACACGCUCCAUUGUUCUGGACCAUUUUCUCAAGAAAGCCUACGUUCAGAGUACCAGGCUGUGUGAUCGUGCCUGGCUCGAAGGUGCCCGAGAGAAGAUCUACAAUGCCGCUGCCUUGAAAAGCUUCUCAUCUACGCCGAAUCUGACUCCGCUGCCCAAGCCAGAUCCCUUUGACACCGACACGACCCUCAACGAGUACCUCUGGUCUUGCAAACAACAUGUGGCCGAGCAAGAUGCAUACUGCAAGCUCGUAGAAAACUGCCAGGAGUACAUUGCCAACGGUCACAGUUACGAGCUCUGCCUCACCACGCAGAACAAGAUCACCGCUAAAAGGCCCCUCGAGUGCCGCCACUCCCAAACCGCCAACAACGAACUGAGCUGGAAGCUCUACAAGCGCAUGACGAGCCGCAACCCCGCGCCCUUCAGCGCCUACGUCCGCCUGGGCAACGUGCACAUCCUCUCCUCCUCGCCCGAACGCUACAUCUGCUGGGACCGCAAGCAAAAAGCGCAAUGCCGACCCAUCAAGGGCACCGUCCAAAAGCGGCCCGGCGUCACCGCCGAAGACGCCCACGCCAUCCUCUCGUCCUCGAAAGAACGCGCCGAGAACCUCAUGAUCGUCGACCUCGUCCGCCACCAACUCCACGGCGUCUACGGCGCCGGCAACGUCAAAGUCAGCCAACUGAUGCAAGUCGAGGAGUACGAAACGCUGUGGCAACUCGUCUCCGUCAUCGACGCCAUACCCGCGGGUCUGGGUCCCGGUCCCGGUCCCGGGACACCCAGCAGCAGCAGUCCCGAGAAAUGGCACGACGCGAGCGUCGGAGCAGCGGAAUACGCGCCCCCGGACCCAGACGAUGCGUCGUCGACGCUGGGCUUCGAGGCGUUUAUCCAGUCGCUCCCUGCAGGCAGCAUGACGGGCGCGCCCAAGAAGCGCAGCUGCGAGAUUCUGCAGUCCCAGGAACGGGCUGCGCGGCGGGGCGUCUACUCGGGCGUCAUUGGCUACCUCGAUUUUGGCGGCGCGGGAGACUUCUCCGUCGUCAUUCGCACGGCUGUGAAGGUUGAUAAAGCUGCGCCUGAGAGCACCUCGGAGGAGGAAGUAGUAGCUGAGGAGGAAGAGGAUGAUGAGGAUGAAUGGCUCAUCGGCGCCGGCGGCGCCAUCACCAGCCAAUCCGACCCUGCGUCCGAGUACGACGAGAUGCUGGGAAAAUUCCGCAGCGCCUCGCGGGCGUUCCAAAUGGAUAGUAGCGAGGCCGCUGGGGAUGCGUCCGGGGCGAGAGAGAAGCCGGCGCUUGCGGAUGUUUUGGCGUUGUUGGAUCGUGGGAUAUCGGUUUCGGCUGCUUGA